AACAACACUUGCAUAAGAUGGUAUGGAUCACAGGUGUUUUGCUGUUUCUUUUUUACCAAGAAAGUGGUGCAGAUCCUGGCACUAUUGGGAAUCUAUCAGUGACAUUUAUUAAUACAACCUCUGUUGGUCUCAUCUGGACUACACAAAGCAGUAAUGCAGUCGGCUACAAAGUCAAAGGCCUUGGACCUACAAACACCACUAUGAUAGUUAAUUCUAAAUCAACCCUUGUCACUGGAUUGACACCUGGAAGCAAAUAUACAAUGGAAGUUAUUUUGCUGACUGGAGACAAUAUGACUGAAGGACCUGCUGUGACAACCAUAAUAUUUACAAAGCCUGAAGCUGUUGGUGAACUGAAUGUUGAUAAUAUAACCACAUCUUCAAUUGGUCUCAGUUGGUAUCCACCAACAGGCAAUGCAAUUGGCUACAUAAUUGAAACAGCAGGACAAACAUAUACCACAUUAAUAUGUAAUCCUUUAGAUAUCUCCAGCACAACCCAUCCACCAACAACUUCAGAAACCACAACUAUUCCUACAUCAAUUCUUACCACAGUUCCUAUUUCCACACUUACAUCUACCAUGGUACCAUCAAUUAGCACUUCUUCAACCAGUGCCACUUCCACACCUGAACUCACUACAGUCCUCAGUUCCCCAACUGUAUCUACAAGUAUUUCCUCAGCUAACACAACAUCUACAACUACUACCAUUUCUCCAACAACUGAAACAACAAUUACUACAUCUGCACUUACUUCUAACACUUCUCCUUCAACUACUACCACUCCUACAACACUUUUUACCACAACUGUUCCCUCCACUCCUACUACCAGUAUUUCCUCUUCAACUACUUCUAUUUCUACAAUUCCUGAAACUAGCUCAUUUCUAUCCACUUCUACAAUUACCACAAGUCCUUCAAUUAGCACUUCUUUAACCACCACUAUUUCUACACCUCUUCUCACCACAAUCCUCAGUUCCUCAACUGCAUCUUCAAGUACUUCUUCAGCUAACACAACAUCUACAACUACUACUAUUUCUCCAACAACUGAAACAACAAUUACUACAUCUGCACUUACUUCUAACACUUCUCCUUCAACUACUACCACUCCUACAACACUUUUUACCACAACUGUUCCCUCUACUCCUACUACCAGUAUUUCCCCUUCAACUACUACUAUUUCUGCAAGUCCUGAAACUAGCUCAUUUCUAUCCACAUCUACAAUUACCACAAGUCCUUCAAUUAGCACUUCUUUAACCACCACUACUUCUACACCUCUUCUCACCACAGUCCUCAGUUCCUCAACUGAACCUUCAAGUACUUCUUCAGCUAACACAACAUCUACAACUACUACUAUUUCUCCAACAACUGAAACAACAACUACUACAUCUGCACUUACUUCUAAUACUUCUCCUUCAUCUACUACCACUCCUACAACACUUUUUACCACAACUGUUCCCUCCACUCCUACUACCAGUAUUUCCCCUUCAACUACUACUAUUUCUGCAACUUCUGAAACUAGCUCAUUUCUAUCCACAUCUACAAUUACCACAAGUCCUUCAAUUAACACUUCUUUAACCACCACUACUUCUACACCUCUUCUCACCACAGUCCUCAGUUCCUCAACUGAAUCUUCAAGUAUUUUUUCAGCUAACACAACAUCUACAACUACUACUAUUUCUCCAACAACUGAAACAACAAUCACUACAUCUGCACUUACUUCUAACACUUCUCCUUCAACUACUACCACUCCUACAACACUUUUUACCACAACUGUUCCCUCCACUCCUACUACCAGUAUUUCCUCUUCAACUACUUCUAUUUCUACAAUUCCUGAAACUAGCUCAUUUCUAUCCACUUCUACAAUUACCACAAGUCCUUCAAUUAGCACUUCUUUAACCACCACUAUUUCUACACCUCUUCUCACCACAAUCCUCAGUUCCUCAACUGCAUCUUCAAGUACUUCUUCAGCUAACACAACAUCUACAACUACUACUAUUUCUCCAACAACUGAAACAACAAUUACUACAUCUGCACUUACUUCUAACACUUCUCCUUCAACUACUACCACUCCUACAACACUUUUUACCACAACUGUUCCCUCUACUCCUACUACCAGUAUUUCCCCUUCAACUACUACUAUUUCUGCAAGUCCUGAAACUAGCUCAUUUCUAUCCACAUCUACAAUUACCACAAGUCCUUCAAUUAGCACUUCUUUAACCACCACUACUUCUACACCUCUUCUCACCACAGUCCUCAGUUCCUCAACUGAACCUUCAAGUACUUCUUCAGCUAACACAACAUCUACAACUACUACUAUUUCUCCAACAACUGAAACAACAACUACUACAUCUGCACUUACUUCUAAUACUUCUCCUUCAUCUACUACCACUCCUACAACACUUUUUACCACAACUGUUCCCUCCACUCCUACUACCAGUAUUUCCCCUUCAACUACUACUAUUUCUGCAACUUCUGAAACUAGCUCAUUUCUAUCCACAUCUACAAUUACCACAAGUCCUUCAAUUAACACUUCUUUAACCACCACUACUUCUACACCUCUUCUCACCACAGUCCUCAGUUCCUCAACUGAAUCUUCAAGUAUUUUUUCAGCUAACACAACAUCUACAACUACUACUAUUUCUCCAACAACUGAAACAACAAUCACUACAUCUGCACUUACUUCUAACACUUCUCCUUCAACUACUACCACUCCUACAACACUUUUUACCACAACUGUUCCCUCCACUCCUACUACCAGUAUUUCCCCUUCAACUACUACUAUUUCUGCAAGUCCUGAAACUAGCUCAUUUCUAUCCACAUCUACAAUUACCACAAGUCCUUCAAUUAGCACUUCUUUAACCAUCACUACUUCUACACCUCUUCUCACCACAGUCCUCAGUUCCUCAACUGAAUCUUCAAGUACUUCUUCAGCUAACACAACAUCUACAACUACUACUAUUUCUCCAACAACUGAAACAACAACUACUACAUCUGCACUUACUUCUAACACUUCUCCUUCAUCUACUACCACUCCUACAACACUUUUUACCACAACUGUUCCCUCCACUCCUACUACCAGUAUUUCCCCUUCAACUACUACUAUUUCUGCAACUUCUGAAACUAGCUCAUUUCUAUCCACAUCUACAAUUACCACAAGUCCUUCAAUUAACACUUCUUUAACCACCACUACUUCUACACCUCUUCUCACCACAGUCCUCAGUUCCUCAACUGAAUCUUCAAGUAUUUUUUCAGCUAACACAACAUCUACAACUACUACUAUUUCUCCAACAACUGAAACAACAAUCACUACAUCUGCACUUACUUCUAACACUUCUCCUUCAACUACUACCACUCCUACAACACUUUUUACCACAACUGUUCCCUCCACUCCUACUACCAGUAUUUCCCCUUCAACUACUACUAUUUAUGCAAGUCCUGAAACUAGCUCAUUUCUAUCCACAUCUACUAUUACCACAAGUCCUUCAAUUAGCACUUCUUUAACCAUCACUACUUCUACACCUCUUCUCACCACAGUCCUCAGUUCCUCAACUGAAUCUUCAAGUACUUCUUUAGCUAACACAACAUCUACAACUACUACUAUUUCUCCAACAACUGAAACAACAAUCACUACAUCUGCACUUACUUCUAACACUUCUCCUUCAACUACUACCACUGCUACUACACUUUUUACCACAACUGUUCCCUCCACUCCUACUACCAGUAUUUCCCCUUCAACUACUACUAUUUCUGCAAGUCCUGAAACUAGCUCAUUUCUAUCCACAUCUACAAUUACCACAAGUCCUUCAAUUAGCACUUCAUUAACCACCACUACUUCUACACCUCUUCUCACCACAGUCCUCAGUUCCUCAACUGAAUCUUCAAGUACUUCUUCAGCUAACACAACAUCUACAACUACUACUAUUUCUCCAACUGAAACAACAAUUACUACAUCUGCACUUACUUCUAACACUUCUCCUUCAACUACUACCACUCCUACAACACUUCUUACCACAACUGUUCCCUCCACUCCUACUACCAGUAUUUCCCCUUCAGCUACUACUAUUUCUGCAAGUCCUGAAACUAGCUCAUUUCUAUUCACAUUUACAAUUACCACAAGUCCUUCAAUUAGCACUUCUUUAACCAUCACUACUUCUACACCUCUUCUCACCACAGUCCUCAGUUCCUCAACUGAAUCUUCAAGUACUUCUUCAGCUAACACAACAUCUACAACUACUACUAUUUCUCCAACAACUGAAACAACAAUCACUACAUCUGCACUUACUUCUAACACUUCUCCUUCAACUACUACCACUCCUACAACACUUUUUACCACAACUGUUCCCUCCACUCCUACUACCAGUAUUUCCCCUUCAACUACUACUAUUUCUGCAAGUCCUGAAACUAGCUCAUUUCUAUCCACAUCUACAAUUACCACAAGUCCUUCAAUUAGCACUUCAUUAACCACCACUACUUCUACACCUCUUCUCACCACAGUCCUCAGUUCCUCAACUGAAUCUUCAAGUACUUCUUCAGCUAACACAACAUCUACAACUACUACUAUUUCUCCAACUGAAACAACAAUUACUACAUCUGCACUUACUUCUAACACGUCUCCUUCAACUACUACCACUCCUACAACACUUCUUACCACAACUGUUCCCUCCACUCCUACUACCAGUAUUUCCCCUUCAGCUACUACUAUAUCUGCAAGUCCUGAAACUAGCUCAUUUCUAUCCACAUCUACAAUUACCACAAGUCCUUCAAUUAGCACUUCUUUAACCAUCACUACUUCUACACCUCUUCUCACCACAGUCCUCAGUUCCUCAACUGAAUCUUCAAGUACUUCUUCAGCUAACACAACAUCUACAACUACUACUAUUUCUCCAACAACUGAAACAACAAUUACUACAUCUGCACUUACUUCUAACACUUCUCCUUCAACUACUACCACUCCUACAACACUUUUUACCACAACUGUUCCCUCCACUCCUACUACCAGUAUUUCCCAUUUAACUACUACUAUUUCUGCAACUCCUGAAACUAGCUCAUUUCUAUCCACAUCUACAAUUACCACAAGCCCUUCAAUUAGCACUUCUUUAACCACCACUACUUCUACACCUCUUCUCACCACAGUCCUCGGUUCCUCAGCUGCAUCUUCAAGUACUUCUUCAGCUAACACAACAUCUACAAUUACUACUAUUUCUCCAACAACUGAAACGACAAUUACUCCAUCCACACUUACUUCUAACACUUCUCCUUCAACUAUUACCACUCCUACAACACUUUUUACCACAACAGUUCCCUCCACUCCUACUACCAGUAUUUCCCCUUCAACUACUACUAUUUCUGCAACUUCUGAAACUAGCUCAUUUCUAUCCACAUCUACAAUUACCACAAGUCCUUCAAUUAACACUUCUUUAACCACCACUACUUCUACACCUCUUCUCACCACAGUCCUCAGUUCCUCAACUGAAUCUUCAAGUACUUCUUCAGCUAACACAACAUCUACAACUACUACUAUUUCUCCAACAACUGAAACAACAAUUACUACAUCUGCACUUACUUCUAACACUUCUCCUUCAACUACUACCACUCCUACAACACUUUUUACCACAACUGUUCCCUCCACUCCUACUACCAGUAUUUCCCAUUUAACUACUACUAUUUCUGCAACUCCUGAAACUAGCUCAUUUCUAUCCACAUCUACAAUUACCACAAGCCCUUCAAUUAGCACUUCUUUAACCACCACUACUUCUACACCUCUUCUCACCACAGUCCUCGGUUCCUCAGCUGCAUCUUCAAGUACUUCUUCAGCUUACACAACAUCUACAAUUACUGCUAUUUCUCCAACAACUGAAACGACAAUUACUCCAUCCACACUUACUUCUAACACUUCUCCUUCAACUAUUACCACUCCUACAACACUUUUUACCACAAUAGUUCCCUCCACUCCUACUACCAGUAUUUCCCCUUCAACUACUACUAUUUCUGCAACUCCUGAAACUAGCUCAUUUCUAUCCACAUCUACGACUACCACAGCUCCUUCAAUUAGCACUUCUUUAACCACCACUAUUUCUACACCUCUUCUCACCACAGUCCUCAGUUCCUCAACUGUAUCUUCAAGUACCUCUUCAGCUAACACAACAUCUACAACUACAACUAUUUCUCCAACAACUGAAACAACAAUUACUCCAUCCACACUUACUUCUAACACUUCUCCUUCAACUACUACCAUUCCUACAACACUUUUUACCACAACUGGUACCUCCCGUCCUGCUACCACUAUUUCCCAAUCAACUACUACUAUUUCUGCAAGUCCUCAAACUAGCUCAUUUCUAUCCACAUCUACAAUUACUGCAAGUCCUUCAAUUACCACUUCUUUAACCACCACUACUUCUACACCUCUUCUCACCACAGUCCUCAGUUCCUCAGCUGCAUCUUCAAGUACUUCUUCAGCUAACACAACAUCUACAAUUACUACUAUUUCUCCAACAACUGAAACAACAAUUACUCCAUUCACACUUAUUUCUAACACUUCUCCUUCAACUGUUACCACUCCUACAACACUUUUUACCACAACUGUUCCCUCCACUCCUACUACCAGUAUUUUCCCUUCAACUACUACUAUUUCUGCAACUCCUGAAACUAGCUCAUUUUUAUUCACAUCUACAAUUACCACAGCUCCUUUAAUUAGCACUUCUUUAACCACCACUAUUUCUACACCUCUUCUCACCACAGUCCUCAGUUCCUCAACUGUAUCUUCAAGUACUUCAUCAGUAAACACAAUAUUUACAACUACUACUAUUUCUCCAACAACUGAAACAACAAUUACUACAUCUGCACUUACUUCUAACACUUCUCCUUCAACUACUACCUCUCCUACAACACUUUUUACCACAACUAUUACCUCCCCUCCUACCACCAGUGUUUCCCCUUCAACUAGUACACUUUCAACACAUACAUUAACCACUGGUUGUCUAACUACCACUGGUACAAAAAUCACUAACAUUGUUUAUGUAAGUACUUCAACAACUACAGUAUCUGAGUCGAUAACAGCCACAGCAUCGCAAGAGAACAUCCAAGGAAAUACCACAAGUACUUCAUUAAAAGACAACAUUGCAAAAGCUGACCCCCGCACCUAUAACAUGAUGAUGCUGCUGUGCCAAGCACAUCUUCGGGUGUUCACUGCACACACACCUCUGCCUCAGAAACCGCUGGCAUGCAGGUGGCAAAAUUAUGUCUAUAAAUUUCAUGUACCUGAUAUGGAAUCAAAGAUCAAUAUAGCUGGUAGAAAAUAA